CACUCCCACAAUGCUCGCGCGCCCCAUAACUCUGCUGCUGCAGCCUGAGGAGCGCGAGACACCCAGGCCCCGAAAAAAGAAAAAUUAGAGAAAAAAUUUGGAAAAAAUAAUAAACCAACAGAUCAAGAGGAGAAAGACCGGGAACGGUGGCGUGGGUCUCCCACGGAUGAAGACAAUGAUGAGCACUUUUGCCACCUACUGGGCCCCAAUUAUGGCAGGUGGGACAGGAUAAGAGCAUAAAGAUUGCGAAUGACCUAGGAGCCUUCACCCCCUCAAACUCCGCCGCGAUAUCGAACGGGAGCCUAGAAGGCAGGGCAGCCACGGCCGCGUUUCAAUGGCAACGCCUCCCUAGGGCUGCCAUGGCAGCAGCCGAUGCCCCACAUCACAUUGCCACACUGACGCUGGAGGACGAGGAUCGACGAACCGCCACCAAAGUGUUUGGAGGUCCCACUGCAGGGAGGACGGACAGAGAGUUAGAGACUGAGAGAGAGAGGGAACGGAGAGGCAGUGGGAACGAGUGUUUGGUGUGCGGUACCCUCUUCAGUUCGAAGGAUAAGCUUCGACUUCACUCUUUCUGUCACACAGGAGAGAAACCUUUCCACUGUUCCCAGCCUCACUGUCUCAAGGCUUUCAGCUCCAAAUAUAAGCUCUUUAGGCAUAUGGCCACACACUCCCCGCAGAAGACUCACCAGUGCUCAUUUUGCGAGAAGAUGUUUCACCGUAAAGAUCACCUUAAAAACCACCUGCAGACUCACGACCCCAACAAAGAGGCCUUUAAGUGUGAAGAGUGUGGCAAACACUAUAACACAAAGCUGGGAUACAAGCGGCAUAUGGCCAUGCACUCAGCCACCGCCGGCGAUCUUACCUGUAAGGUUUGCUUGCAAAGCUACGAGAGCACGCCCGCACUCCUGGAGCACCUGAAGAGCCACUCGGGCAAGUCUUCGGGCGGCACCAAGGAAAAAAAACACCCCUGCGACCACUGCGAUCGACGCUUCUAUACGCGAAAGGACGUUCGUCGACACAUGGUGGUACACACGGGCCGCAAAGACUUCCUGUGCCAGUACUGCGCCCAGCGCUUCGGGCGGAAGGACCAUCUGACGCGGCACGUCAAGAAGAGCCACUCGCAGGAGCUGCUGAAGAUCAAGACGGAACCGCCAGAUAUGUUGGGUUUCCUCGGGUCCGGUUCGCCGACUUGUGCUGUGAAAGAAGAAAUAAGUCCUAUGAUGUGUAGUAUGGGACCUACCAAGGACUCGAUGAUGGUGAAGCCUUUUCCCGGCGCCACCCCUUUUCCGAUGGGCAUGUACAACCCGCAUCAUCUCCAAGCCAUGUCCAAUCCAACCGUGGGUCACCAUCAUUCACUGGUUCCCGGGUCUUUAUCCACUGCCAUGGGGAUGGGCUGCCAUAUGGAACCUCCUUCAUCACUGCACCACCAUCACCCACACCAUCACCACCAUCACCACCACCCUCACCAUCAUCACCACUCUUCACCGUCACACCAGCAGCAGCCUUCCCUACAAAACCAACAACAACAGCACCCGCCGCCCAAGUACCAGCUCGGAUCUACCUCAUACCUGCUGGAUAAGCCCCUGAAGGUGGAGAUGGAGAGUUUCUUGAUGGAUCUACAGUGUGGGCUCCCUGUUCCCCCACCUUCCUCAGCUGACCCCCACUCCGCAGCUUCGCCCAACAAGGAGGGCUUGGAACCUCCGUCGGGAUUGUCGGAUGACCUUUGCGGGGACCCCCUCAUGUCCAAGAGCCCCGCGGUCAUUGCUGAGUCUUUUUGUGCUGCUAACAUGGACUUCUCCCAUCUGCUGGGCUUUCUUCCACUCAAUCUGCCGCCCUACAGCGCCCCCAUGAGUUCAGGGGGACUGGUCAUGGGUUACUCCACCUCCUCGACUGUUUCUUCUUCGUCUUCCUCAUCGUCGUCAGCAUCUUCGCAUGCUGCCGAACCACACGCUGCCACGAUCACAGCUGCGGUGCCUCUUACCUCGUUGCAACCUCAACCUCAGGAGCAACCAGGCUCCGGUGGGGGUCUCGGUCUUGGGCCUCUGCACCCGCUCCCACCAGUAUUCAGCUCUAGCCUCAAUACGACCACUCUGCCUCGCUUUCACCAGGCUUUUCAAUGAGGUUUCUCACCCCAGCCUGGCCUGCUGAGGGCCUCGGGCUGAGGUGCCUUUAGUGCUCCCCCUAGGGGUGGGAAGGUAGAACACUUGAACACGUAGAAGCCUUAACAAAAGCGCACAAGAGCUUUUUAAUGAGAAAAAUAAGGAUAGGAAAUAUUACAGAGCUUUUAUUUAGGCUGUCUGAAUUUUAGCGAUGUCUUUUUAAAAAUGCCCAGUUGUGAACCUCUCCCACCAUCCCCUCUCCUACAAUUUAGUAGUUAGGUGGCAGCAUCAGUAGGCCUUGUGGCAUGGUACUGCAUACUUUAUAAAGUAAUAAUACUAGUAGAAGUUGGAAAAGAUUAUUGUAGAAAAGAUGAUCUGUCUUUGAGACUCUGAAAGAUUAGUUUGAAGUGAUACAGUAUAAAAAUUUCUUUUUCUUGCUAUAUUGUCUCUAUUCUACUUGGUGUAAAACAGGUAAUAGUUGUUUGCCCUUAACUAAAACCGUCUUCAUUGCCAGGUGUGGAAGAAUUAGUGAAGGAAUUACGGAGUGAAAUGAGUCUGAAAUAUAAUUUGUUCUGGCUAAAAGGCACAAAAAUGCAAAUCAGUUAAAAAACUAAAAAAGCUGAAAGAAAAACAACUUAAACCAGCAUAGUUUGGUUUGCUGGUUCAGGCUGGUCUGUUGGCUGUUUUCAAAGAAAAUAUUUAGCAAUUUUAAGGUGGUCAGGCUUGGAGACCAUCUUAAACCAGUUAAAAUGGACCUCAAGGUCUGCAAGGCUUGUUUAAGCAGUUUUUUUUCAAGCGAUUAAUAGUCAUCAUCUCAAAGGAUUCAAAAUUUGUAAAACUUUAAAGCAGUUACAUAUCAAAUAGGCUGCGUUUAUAUUUGGCAUUAACAUGCGAUCUCGGUGAUCCGAACAAGCAGAUCGGAUCUUCAGACAAUCAGGACACAGCGCGUUUACACUUGUCAUCAAGUGGCUUCCACAUCUGGAUAACUGAUCGGAUCUCUAUAGUUUCUCGCCCAUUAUUUUAAUAAGCCUGCAAUUUAAAACUAUCCCUGGUGCGGGGAGAUUUCACAUAACACGUAUAACGGGGAGGAUGAGCAUGUUACACAUUUGAUACGCAGCCAUGUUGAACUCGAGGCAGCGGUGGGAAGUAAACCGCGGUUAAAACGAUUAAUGAUCUUAUAUGUGAAAGUAUAAGCAGAGGACGUUUGUAAAAUGACACAAGCUUUUGUACUUGAGCUGUGGCGGGUUUCACUCGCACGCACACAGGCCGAAGUUCCUAUGAUCAAAACCGACCACUUACAUCGUUCUCGUUUAUUUGGGUUGGUUCGGCUGAAAGUGACAGCGCGUCGUUUCUUUGGUCUGCGCCCUAAACAGCGUGCUUACUGACAUCAGCUAUUAGCAACACUAUACAAUCUUGUUUCUGUGUGUAAAUGAUAUAUACGGUGUAUUCAGAGCUCCGUUUCAAGCUGCCCGUCUGCCGCUUAAUCUGUCUUCCGGGAACGGUACUUUCGAGUCAGAUCCGUGGGCGUGGCUUGUUGGUUUUGACUAAAUCUUUGGUGUUUCAAGUCUUACGAAACCUUUACCCUAACCCACACCCUAACCCUAACCUUACACUAACCAUCUAAACUACCUAUAAUUGUUAAAAUUGACGAAAAAACACGUUUGGGUGAUGACGUCAGACUCGAAACACCAAGGAUUCAGUGAGAGCCGUAUGAGACACAAGCGGCAGCAGCCCUCGGGGAACCGGACAGUUGAUUACGCCGUAUAGGCUACAGUAAACACACACACGUAUGUUAGAAACAAGCUGGUAUAGUGUUGCCAUUCGUGUCUGUGACAUGAAAAUAAACAAAUGAUGCGUUUUAAAACAAAACUGGCGCUGUGUGUGCGAGUCAGCGCCAUUCAUGGCAGUCACAAAUACAGUGAUGAUACAGCUGAAGUGGUCAAGUAAAACAUCUCGUGUGAUUUGACAUAAAUCCUCUGUAGGUUAAAGUAUCCAUGAUCAUUUCGUGGGAAAAUGAACGACUGUGCAAUGCUCGGGAGCAAGAGUAAACUUUCCUCUGUAUUUGUCAUCUGCUCCGCAGUCUGAUAGGUUUCGGACAGACGAGAGAAUAAUGAUAGCGGGCGGGGUUUUCUGUGAAAUUGUACCGGUAAAUGUAGAUAAUCUGUCUGGAUUGCGUUUACAUUACACUGAGAUCCGAUCACAAUGCGUCCUCGACUACCUCUGGAUCAGGACACGCUGAUCGGAUGACAUUCCGAUCAGAAGUGCGUUUACACUUGUCUUUUCAAUGUGUAUGUGGACAACAUCCAGAUACAGUUCGCAUGUUAAUGCCAAAUAUAAACGCACCCAUAGUUAUCAUCUAAAAAAGUGUUUUUCCAGCUCUUCGUGUUUAUUUUUUUAUGGAAACACUUACAGUAUCUGAGAGUGAAACAGAGAGACUAGAAUAGGCAGAAUACAGAAUAUUUGAUCAUUUGGUACAAUGUGACCACUGACAGAACUAAAACAAAUUUGACAGGUUUACAAUUUUUCCUCUUAAUAAGCACUUUGUUUACAGCAGAAGGCACUUGACUCUUUUGGGUUACCAUGGUGACCCGCUGAGAUCCCCUCCCUUUACCCACUCUAGCUUCACGCUUCCUGAAAAGAGACAUUACACACACACACACAGGCACAAGUUGAAACAACUAACUCAAACAAGACACUUUACCGUGUCAAGGUGCGUUUUACUCCUUCCAGCACUAAUUUUUACGUCUCCCUGGGAACGAUCUCACUUCCACAUCCUGCCCACCAGAUCACAACAUAUAUUUUAAAAACAAAAAGUAUAUAUAUUGUAUUUUAGGCAGGUUUUUAUUUUAGAGAGAGACAUACAUUGUAACGAUAGCCCUGGUAUAUGUGAAUGAAAAAAGACAAAACAAAAACAAGAAUAUUUUUUGCAGUGUACGAAGUACCACAUCAAAAAUAUAUAUCAUAAGUGCUUUUUGUCAGUACAUUUUGUAAUUUAGAUAGUUGUAUCAAAAUUGCUGAUAGAUUUUUUUAAAUGUCUAGCAGGUUUACAUGAUCAUGUAUCUUGCAUAAUAUUGAUAAAAAAUGGAUGAAGUAUUAGCUUUUCCCUAUAGCUUUCUCUCUACCUUGUAUUUCCAUGUGAGUCAAAGAUAAUGAUUUAUGUGGAAUUUUACCGAAAUAUAAUAGGACUAAUAGUGGCAUAAUCCAGUAGAAAGGACUAGAUAUUAAUCUUUAGAACAUAAUGUGAUCCAGGUUUCAGUUUGUAUUGUUUUAUUACAGUAUUGGAUCAGAUUUAUUGCUGUUUGGUGGUACAGUUUCUCCACGAUCAUUUGCUCCAUCAGUGUUUGUCACUGAAACCCAGACAUCAUGAUUCCAAUUGCUUUAGCAUCAGGUGUAGUGGUUAACACAGAGACAAAUCUAUUGAGGUUUUUUCAUAUCAUAACAAGUUGCCAUUUUCCAGCAAGCGGACUGCACAAGUGUUAACCAAAUACUCAUUUGUAACCAAUGGCCAUGCGAAGAUGAAUUGUAGGGGAAAGCUGAUCAAUGCAGUUAAAGCCGUGCCUGAAACAAACAGAUUCUUAUUUUUCUCCAAAUCAUCCCUUACGGUGAAUCUCAUGACAUAAGGUUUUGUCCACCUCAGUGUGUAAAGUGAAUGUGAAAGACAAAAGAAAGGUAAAACCUUCGCAAACAAACAUGAGGCCACAUCACAAAACUAUAAGGAAAGACAAAACAAUAUUAUGCUGCUUUUGUGCUAUGGUUGCCAGCAACUGUAGACCACUUUGGAAACUGAAAAUGAUCUUUUAGCAGUAGUACACGUGAACCGUUUUGUCCGUUUUCUCUCUGUUCUUCAGCUGCUUUGAUUCGAACAAACAUUUUAUGAAAAGGGUCUGACAAGAGACUUUCCAGAACAAAGACGUCACCAGCCUGCUCUUUGACAUUCAAAGCAUUGGACGUUUGAUUGGGAUAUUGCCUAGUCGUUUUGUCAUUAUAUUAUUUUCUGUUUGUUGAAACAGGACCUCAAAACAACACAACGCAUCACCUCAUUUAUUUGUUUUUCAUACCAAAACCCUGGGGAGAAGAAACUUCUUUUUGCACAAUUGCAAGCUAAGGAAUAAUCGUUUUUUUGAGGAUGAUUAAUGAAUAAUAAUAGUUUCAGAAGAAAACCAAAAACAUUUUAAUUGACUUGUACCUGUAAAAAACAACUAUAGGAUUUACAUAAUUCUUUUGUGGUAGUUUGCGCAAGUUUUGCACACAGUUUUAAAAGUCAACGUUUUUUUACACCGUUUUUAAAAAUGUACUUAUUUUUUGUCAAAUUUUUGCAUACAUUUUUUUAAAAGUAAAAUUUACCUAAAAAACUGUGUGCAAAAACUUGCACAAAUAACAAAAAUUAAGUCAAUCGUACUAGUUUCGGUUUUUUACAGUGUACGUCCCAUCCUAAUAUUUUAAGUUUUUAGGCAUUUGGAAUGUUUAUUGAUAUAUAUUACUCAAUAUUUCACAUGUCCAGAAAAAACAUAAAUGAAUAAAAUGUGGAAAAGUUAACUUAAUGGACAUUAUGAAUGUGUUCAGGCAAAAUAAAGAUCUUUUAAAAAACAUUUUAAAAUAUAACAUAUUUUUGACUGCAUUUGGCUUGAACUCAUUUAGAAGCUAUGAAAGCAUUUAUUUUUAAUUUAUUCUUAAUAAACAGAUGUUUAACAGAAAAUAAGGCUGUUGGCAAUUUAUGAGUUUGUCCUCCCCGGGUUUUCUGUGAGCUGAUCUGAAUUCUAGCACUUUUAAACCUUUAAAAAAAAAAGAGUAUUUUUCAGACAUGUAUGUUUGUAUGUUUUUAAUUUUGUAUUUGAUCUUGUAUGUGCCAUUAGUUUGAUGUGUAGAAUUUAUUCAUCUUUAUGUAUUUGUUUUUUCCUCCUUUUCCAAAAGAGUAACAGUAUUUUUUGAUAGAUUUUCACUAAUAUUAGCAGCCUUGGCCCUUGCCCUACUUUGUCAUACAUUUGAGGGAGUCAUUUCAUAUUUAAAAAAGACCACGUAGAGUAACACAUGCUUAUAAAUAAUAGUUCUCCUGAGUAUGAAACUUUAGAGAAAGCCACCAUCAUUGCCACAAAAGAAAAAUGGCUUUUCCAUUUCCAACUACGACUUGAGGUGAUUUGAUCAACAGUAUAAUAAUAAACAGGCAGGUUAAACUGCUAGAAAUCACUCCUUGCCCCCAAAAAGCACUUUUGGUUUAAAUGAAGUUUUGCAUAAUAACUGCCUGGAUAGGUGGAGUUCAGAAUCUCAUAUAUGUUAUGUUUUUUUUCUUUGGCAAGUGAUCAGGGUAUUUUUACAUGCAGCAUUAUAUUUACAUGCUGAGGACAGAUUAACCAAGCUAAAAUGAUAUUUUCCUCUUUUGUACCUGGGAUGCACUUGUCCUUUAUUACCCAAAUAGUAGUUGGUUCCUAACAAAAACACUGAGGGGAAAUUUUAAAAGGUAACCAACAUAAUGUUAAACAAAACCAUCUGAUUUUUUUUUCAAAAAAAAAAAAAAACUUAAAUAAUGGCUUCGACUUAAUAGUGAGAAAAUGGGUACUGUUCGCAUAGGACAAAAUCCACUUGUAGUUUUAUAUAUUUUAGCGUAAUGUAAGUACUGCAUUCCAAGCUUUCUAUGUAACUUGUUUAGCAUCAUAGUUUUACUUUUAGUACUUGCUUAUUACCAUGACUUAUGGGAAAAAGGUGAAAAAAUGGAAUAUUCAUUCUUACACUAUUUUCUAAAACAUAGAGAUCAUUGACAGGAUGAAUUGUACAAAAAAUGUAUAACGGACACAACCAGUGCGCUUACCCAGUUCACCUACAGUCAGUUACAGCAAUGUAAAGUUGGCAGAUUUGUAUAUUGGUUGAUCCAAAGAGAUGACAUUACAACAAACCUAUUUACUUAUUGUACAGUACAUUGUACCAUUUGACUUAUGUGUUAUGUUAAAAUGAUUAAAAUACAAACCCACGGUUUCGUAUUUCCAGCGUUUGAUUUCCUGAGUCUCACAGCGAUGGGAGAGGGUGCGAGUAAUGUCUGAAAACUGCCAUUCACACACCAUUCAGCCAGAACAGGAAACCGCACCACAGUGCACAAAUGAAAAGACAAGAAAGGCACAAUUCCAAGUAAUAAAAAAACUGAGCAACAGACAGUCUUAAUUAUAACACCGUAUCACAAACCUAUACUUUCACAUCUUAAAAGAGUUGUUUUAGGCCCAAAACACCCACAGCUACCAAACCAACAAAUACAUAAUGUACCAUCAUUUCUCGAGUAUGAAUGACUUAAAUCUGAAGGAAUUUGAGGUUUUACAGUCAUGUCUUGUAUUCCAAGAACUGUUAAGGCUCUGACAUCUAUGAGAAAGCGCAGAACAGCCAAAUUAGAGAAAAUGUUCAUACGUAAUGUGCCGAAACAUAAUUCGCUCCAGAAAAUUUUAAAUAAACAGUGUUUCUGCACAAUGUUUCAAAUCUUGACAUAUUGGCACUUUUAUUGUUAUACAUUAUAAAGGGAGAGAGAGGGAAAAUAAAUAUUUAUAAAGGAAAAACAUGCUUUUGCCUAAAAACAAAGAUAUAAUCGGGACAUACAGAGCCUCACAAUAACCUAAAAUGCAACACUAUAAAGCAAUGUAUUUACACCAUAAACAUACAUAAACCUGCCAACCAACCCUAUACAACAAUUAGAAUAAAGUAUAUCUGUAGAAAAUAUAUUCUGUUGUCCUUGCAUUUAUUCGUAGUCACCUGUACAGAACCUACUGAACCAAGAAACAUACAUGACCAAGGCCUAUUAAAGAUGAAAGAAUGAAGCUCACUGUGUGUAAAAUCUUUCCAACAGUUUUAACACUCUAUCCACUGGAGCUGCCCCACUUAACAGGCAGCUAUUAGAGAGCCAAAUAUGGGCCCGGUUUCACGGACAAGGCUUAAGGCUAGUCCCAGACUAAAAUUAAUGUGUGACUUGUCUUAACUUAAUAUAACUUGCCCAGAAAUGUCUUGACAUAUAUCUGUGCCAUUGUUUUGUUUCGAGGCGCACACCAGUAAUGUUUUCUUCUAAGGCAUUUUUAUAAAAGCGACAUAAAUAUCUAAAUUCAACUAAGGCAUAGUCUUGUCUUAAGGUAAGCUGUGACUGUGAAACCGGGCCAUGUUUGUAUACGAGGAACUUACAAUGCAACCAAUAACAUUUCCCUGAUCCUGUCUACGAUAAAUCAGACAAUGUUUUUAGCCAAUGAUUCUUAUUUUAACAGACACAAAAAUGGAUAUCAGAAAAAUAUGUUCAAUGCCAUUUAAAAUAAAUAUUUUUGCAUUAUAAUCUUCGGUUUAGAGCCAUCUCAAGCACUGAUGCUUUGUGUGUAAGCAUCUGUCUCUUUAAGAUAUGCAAGAUUAAAACCUAUAUAAAUAAGAAACAUUGUAUCUUAAAUCUAAAAAGCAGUGUCUUUAAAAACAAUUCUUCGCCUUGACCAUAACCCAAGGCAAAUACAUUGCUACCGGUUGACCGCCUUGAACCCUUUUGAGUUAAAUCUACAGCUUUAAUUUG